UGAUCCCGUCGUGGAUGCAGCCGCGCGGGCGAUCGUUCAACCGCCGCUCCCGCAGCUUCUCCCGCGCCCGCCUCGCCGUCGAGGGGUCCUAAUCUCACCGCCCUCUCGUAACCUCUAAAUUCACAAAGAACAUCUCCUCGUUAACGACCCCGCGAACGAAGAUGGACGCCGCCGCCGCCGGAUUUGCUGUCAAUGGGGGCCUGGAGAAGAUGGAGGAGGAGAGGAAGGCCCAGAAGAAGUACUGGGAGGAGCACUCCAAGGACCUCACCGUCGAGGCCAUGAUGCUCGACUCCCGCGCCGCCGAUCUCGACAAGGAGGAGCGCCCCGAGAUAUUGUCUUUACUUCCUUCAUAUGAAGGAAAAUCUGUGCUCGAGCUUGGUGCUGGAAUAGGCCGCUUUACUGGAGAAUUGGCUAAGACAGCUGGGCAUGUCCUCGCGAUGGAUUUCAUCGAAAGUGUGAUUAAAAAGAAUGAAAGCAUAAAUGGUCAUUAUGAAAAUACAUCCUUCAUAUGUGCUGAUGUUACAUCUCCGGAUCUGGUGAUUGAAGAUAACUCCAUCGAUCUCAUAUUUUCAAACUGGUUACUGAUGUAUCUUUCAGACGAGGAGGUUGAGAAGCUAGUAAGAAGGAUGGUAAAAUGGUUAAAAGUUGGUGGGCAUAUCUUCUUCAGGGAAUCAUGUUUCCAUCAAUCUGGAGACUCGAAAAGGAAAGUGAAUCCGACACAUUAUCGUGAACCAAAGUUUUAUACUAAGGUGUUUAAAGAGGGCUAUGCCAUUGAACAAAGUGGGGGCUCCUCUGAACUUUCUCUAGUUACUUGCAAGUGUGUCGGAGCUUAUGUGAAAAACAAGAAGAAUCAAAACCAAAUAUGUUGGCUAUGGCAAAAAGUCAAUUCAACAGAAGAUCGUGGAUUUCAAAGAUUUUUGGAUAAUGUGCAGUACAAAACCAGUGGAAUAUUACGCUAUGAGCGUGUUUUUGGGAAAGGUUUCGUGAGCACUGGUGGAAUUGAUACUACAAAAGAAUUUGUGGACUUGCUGGAUCUUAAACCUGGUCAAAAGGUGCUUGAUGUUGGAUGUGGAAUCGGGGGUGGUGAUUUUUACAUGGCUGAAAACUACGAUGUUCAUGUUGUUGGUAUUGAUCUUUCUGUAAACAUGGUAUCAUUUGCACUUGAGGAUGCUAUUGGGCGCAAAUGUGCAGUUGAGUUUGAAGUUGCUGAUUGCACCACAAAGACAUACCCAGACAAUACGUUUGACGUUGUGUACAGCCGUGACACUAUCCUUCACAUACAAGAUAAACCCUCUCUGUUUAGAAGUUUCUUCAAAUGGCUAAAACCUGGGGGUAAAGUCCUAAUCAGUGACUACUGUAGGAGUCCAGGAAAACCGUCUGAAGAGUUUGCAGCAUACAUUGAGCAGAGGGGUUACGACCUGCAUGAUGUAGAGGCUUAUGGACAGAUGCUCCGUGAUGCUGGUUUCCAUGAUGUCAUUGCUGAAGACCGCACUGAUCAGUUCCUGACAGUUUUACAGAGGGAGCUAGCCGAAGUUGAAAAGAACAAAGAUGAUUUCUUGGCGGACUUCGGUCAGGACGACUAUGACGAUAUUGUAAAUGGAUGGAACGCGAAGCUUCAGAGGAGCUCUGCUGGUGAGCAGAGGUGGGGGCUGUUCAUUGCAACCAAGUGAUGACUCUGAUUCGUGGAGGGUUUACGAAUAAAUUGGCUUCGUUUAUGUGGCCGUUUCCUUAAUUUGGUGUUGCAUUUGAUACUUUGGGUUC